UUUCUCCUUUCUCAUCUUUAAGAAGAAAAAAAAAAACUUUACGUCUGGCCCCACACUGCAUUCCAACUACUAUUCUGUCCUAUAUAAACAGAUUCAUAUUCUAAAACUCAAUUACGAUUCUCUGAAUAUUUUUCUUUGUACCUUUUCCGCAAGUUGGUCAAGAUCAAUGGGGGAUGGAAAUGGAAAUAGUAUCAGAACCUUGAAGGAUUUUUCGAUUCCGGAUUAUAUACUAUUGACCGGAACUGAGCCCCGGCGUGUUACGCAUUUGCCUGCAUGUCCUGUGAUUGUUUUCAUCAACUCCAAAAGUGGAGGUCAGCUUGGAGGGGAGCUUCUUGUCUCGUAUAGUUCACUUCUUAACAAAAACCAGGUUUAUGAUUUGGGGAUAAAUGCUCCUGAUAAGGUGCUGCAUCAGCUAUAUGCUAAUUUAGAAAAGCUGAAGCACAAUGGAGAUAAUUUCGCUGCUGAAAUUCAGAAUAGGUUGAGAAUAAUUGUUGCAGGCGGAGAUGGUACUGCUAGCUGGCUUCUUGGAGUUGUAUCGGAUCUUAAAUUACCUCAUCCACCACCAGUUGCGACAGUGCCGCUAGGGACAGGAAAUAAUCUACCUUUUGCAUUUGGAUGGGGAAAGAAAAAUCCUGCCACGGACCUUCAAUCAGUGAUGUCAUUUCUGGAUAAUGUAAAAGCUGCCAAGGAAAUGAAAAUAGACAGCUGGCAUAUUAUAAUGAGAAUGAAGGCUCCGAAAGAAGGUUCAUGUGACCCGGUUGCUCCGCUAGAGCUACCUCAUGCUAUGCAUGCAUUUAACCGCGUCUCUUCAAGUGAUAAACUAAAUUUGGAGGGUUACCACACUUACCGUGGGGGAUUUUGGAACUAUUUUAGCAUGGGAAUGGAUGCGCAAGUAUCAUAUGCAUUUCAUUCUGAGAGGAAGUUAAAUCCAGAAAGGUUUAAAAACCAGCUAUAUAAUCAGAGUGCUUAUCUGAAGCUUGGAUGCACUCAAGGCUGGUUCAUGAGCUCUUUGUUUCAAUCUUCUCGGAACAUUGCCCAGUUGGCAAAGGUAAAGAUAAUGAAAAAAGGUCAAUGGGAAGACCUUGACAUACCUCGCAGCAUACGAUCGAUAGUUUGCCUCAACUUGCCCAGUUUUUCUGGUGGACUCAAUCCUUGGGGAAAGCCAAAUAGAAAAAAGUCAAUUUAUAGGGACCUGACUCUUCCAUUUGUUGAUGAUGGCCUAUUUGAAGUAGUUGGGUUUAGAGAUGCUUGGCAUGGUCUUGUUUUGCUUGCACCAAAUGGUCACGGAACUCGUUUGGCACAGACAAGCAGAAUCCGUUUUGAAUUUCACAAGGCUGCAGCUGACUGCACAUUCAUGAGAAUUGACGGCGAACCAUGGAAACAACCCCUCCCAAAAGACGACGCCACAGUUGUUGUUGAAAUAUCUCACCAUGGUCAAGUUAGCAUGCUUGCCACUCCAUUAUGUCGUUCUCAAAGUAUUCAAGACGGUGAUGUUCCCGCCUCACCUUCUAUAGACCACGAUGAAGAUGAUAGUAGUGAUGAAGAAUUAAGUGAAAGUAGCGAAGAACGUCGUAAAUUUGGUGCAGCCGAAACAUUCAAGUAUACUGAUGUUGAUAUGUCUCAUAUAAGUUAGUGUAGCUAGCUAGCUUUGUCAUGAAAAGGAAAUAAUGGUAGGAAUGAUAGGAAGUGAAGUCUCUUCGUUUUUGUGCAUAUCAUUUUUAGUGAGUUUGAUUACAUUUUAAAUAGUAAAUAUUUUUUCUUUUGUAAA